CUCUGGGUUGCAGGGCUGCCCGCAGAGACGCCGCCGGUCCGCGGCCCCGUCGCGGCUACCUGCCGCCCCCCGCCGCAACUGGGCAGCGCCGGGACUUUCGCCGCCGCCUCCGCGGCGUCCCGCCCCGAGGUGGCUCCGCCGUGGUGUGGCGGCCCCCGCUGCUGCUGCUGCCGCCACUGCCCCGCGCCCGCCGCCCGCCCCGCCGACGCCGAGAGCAGCGCGGUCCCCACCGCCUGUCCCGCGGCUGCCGCGGCCGGCUCUGGGGCCGAGGACGCUCCGCCGGCGGCGGCGGCCGCCGCGGCUCCUCCUCCUCCUCCGCCUCCUCCACGGCCGCCGCCGCCACGGGGCCCUAAAGCCGCCCGGCUCAAGAGGAUGGUGCGGCUGGCGGCCGAGCUGCUGCUGCUACUCGGGCUCCUCCUGCUCACCUUGCACAUCACCGUGCUGCGCGGGGGCGGCGGCGAACCCCACACCCCUACGGGGGUCAGCAACCACAGCCAGCGGCAGAACACACUCACGGCAGAUGACCGUUCUGAUGACAGCUUCACCCUGAACCCAGAGGACAGAAGAGAAUACCCUGAUCUCCAGGGUGCCCACCGGCCAUUCCCUAAGCAGCGAUUCAGGCAGGAAAACGGGCAUACGUCCUUGCAAAGAGAUGGACCCAGAUCUUUCCUCUUGGAUCUCCCAAACUUCCCUGACCUGUCAAAAGCAGAUAUCAAUGGGCAGAAUCCCAACAUUCAGGUUACCAUCGAAGUGGUGGAUGGCCCCGACACUGCGACAGACAAGGCUCUGCAGAAAGAGAGCAGCAAGCCUAGCUGGCCAGUCCCAUCACCUGACUGGAGAAACUGGUGGCAGAGGUCCUCCACCUUGACUCGCAUGAGCAGCGGUGACCAGGACUACAAGUAUGACAGCACUACUGAGGACAGCAACUUCCUAAACCCUCUCGGUGGGUGGGAUAGUCAUGCACCCAGUCACCGGACAUUUGAGUCCAAGGAGCAGCCAGAGUAUGAUUAUAUUGAUGGUGAGGGAGACUGGAGCCCAUGGUCCCUUUGUAGCGUCACCUGCGGGAGUGGCAAUCAGAAGCGGACAAGGUCCUGUGGCUACGCCUGCACUGCCACUGAGUCACGGACCUGCGACAGGCCCAACUGCCCAGGGAUUGAAGAUACCUUCCGGACAGCUGCCACAGAAGUGAGCUUACUUGCAGGAAGCGAAGACUUCAACGCUACCAAACUGUUUGAAGUUGAUACUGAUAGCUGUGAAAGAUGGAUGAGCUGCAAAAGUGAGUUCCUGAAGAAAUAUAUGCACAAAGUGGUCAAUGAUCUUCCCAGCUGCCCAUGCUCCUACCCCAGAGAAGUUGCCUACAGCACUGCUGAAAUCUAUGAUCGAAUUAAGAGGAAAAACUUUCGCUGGAAAGAUGGAAGUGGUCCAAAGGAAAAACUGGAGAUCUAUAAGCCCACUGCACGGUACUGCAUCCGCUCCAUGCUCUCUUUGGAAAGCACAACGCUUGCAGCACAGCACUGCUGCUAUGAUGAUAAUAUGCAGCUGAUUACCAGAGGGAAAGGGGCAGGUACACCGAACCUGAUCAGCAUUGAAUUCUCAGCAGAACUCCAUUACAAAGUGGACAUUCUGCCUUGGAUUAUAUGCAAGGGUGACUGGAGCCGAUACAAUGAAGCACGGCCUCCUAACAAUGGGCAGAAGUGUACAGAAAACCCUUCAGAUGAAGACUACUACAAGCAAUUUCAAGAAGCAAGGGAAUACUGAGAAGAUUUCCCUCCCCAUCAGACCCAAAAUAGCACUCAUUUCCUGGAUGCCAAAGACCUGAUAAUGGCUGUCGCCUUGACAGGGGUUGAUCACUUUCUUUCUAAUGAGUGUAUAUAGUUGUAAUAUAAUACAUAAGUAUUUUCCAUAGUCUGUGUAAUUUAUAAACACAUAUCUUUCUAUCAUCUCACACAUACCUAUUUUUACAUACAGACAUACCUAAAACUUGUCCUGGUAAGAUUUUUAUACUGUAAUAACGUUCAUUUAAUAAUGUGCAUUUCCGUUUUACUCCCCAACUCUAACAUAAGUGUAAGGUGGGGGGUGGGGAGUUGCCAUCACCAUCAGGCCCCAAGGCCCCAGCUGAGGAGGGCAUGUAUUUAAAAGUUGUUAUAAAAAGUAGGAUUGAAGAAUGUACUCUUCUAUAUGGGAAUGGUUUACAAGAUUAAUGCACCUACAGCAUCAGUUUUCUCUAUAAUGGAUUUCAUGACUAAUCAUAUCUAAGAAAGGAUUUUUUUUUUUUGGAAGUGUAAAAGUGAAUAUAGACAGUUACUAGCAAUUUUUUUCUUUGAAUUCUUCCUGUUACCUGAUAGCUGUGGUCUUUGCAGUCCAUCUGGGGUAGGCUUGCAGGGAGACAUAGCUGUGGUUUUCCUAUGGAGCAGAAAAAGUCCCGAUGCAGUGGUCUGCAAGAGUUACAAACAGCCCACUCCUGGAGACACUUCAGAUAUGGAGCCGUCAGCGCUUACGUCUUAUGCUGGGAAGCAGAUCUUCAGGGCAGCUACCUGUAAUCUAAGCAUGCCAUAAGUCUUCGGAGGAGUGAGGCCAGAGAACGAAACUAUGUCGGGGUGGGGGGAGAGGAAUCACAGUUACUUCCCAAUUUUUAGUAUUAAGAGUGUUUAUAUCUGCUUGUUUCUCUUUUUUAAGAAAAGACAUUUAUUUUUUUAAAGAACAGGAAAAGUGGACUACGCAUUUCUAAGUUCCCUGAGAUAAAGCAUGCAACAAGCCCUUUCCCCCCAUUUAUCACACGCUCAGUGCAGAGUGUCCUACAGAAGAAGCUAUUCUUUAAGGAAGCUCUCUGGGAGGAAGUAUUGGUGAGUUAAUAUGUCUUAAUGUUUUUUUUUUUUUAAAAGCUGGCAUUAUUUUUGUAAAGUAUUUAUUGAAUUGUAAUAAUGACUCACACGUGGGGUGUGUCUCUAACAUGAAAGGCUUCUGUAAAUGGAACUUGAUUGCCAAGAAUAAGACUGUUGAUAGGCAAAGGUUUUACUGCCAAAUUUUCAUAAAGUGCAAGUUUACAUACCUAAACCAGUAACUAAGCAGCUGAUACCGGCAUUCUUAUGAAAGAUGAUAAAAAAUUACACCAUGGGUAAAUAAAUACUUAACAGUUCCAUCCUGUAAAA